CGCGUUUGGGUUUUUUUCAUUAUAACCCAAUAGACUGUAUGAAAAAGGAGGACGUGGAAAGAGUUAAAACAUGACUACAUGAGAAGCUCUAUAGUCCAUAGCCAUGGCAACCAAGAGAAUACCCAAUUUAUCACAACAAAUUUCAAGAAUUGAAGCAUUCUCCAAAAUGGGGUUCUUCAAGAAUCCCCCAGAAACUCCCGCCGGAGCUAACCUCGCCACUUCAUCAAUCAAAAACAAGGCAGCCAGUACACCCACUACGAAGGAAUUGAGAAGAGCAUAUAUGCAAUCUUGACCGUUGAUCGCUGGGAAUCAUUAAAUCUGAUGGAGUAUAAGACGGCUUCACUGAGGCCAGUUCAUGGGAGGAUGGCUUUGAAGUUCUUGAAAUGGUUCAUUAAACAGCCAGGUUCAGAGCUCGACCACAUUGUUCACAUGAACUGUAUCACUGCACAUAUUCUUACAAGAGCUAGAAUGUAUGAAUCUGCCAAGUCAAUCUUUAGGGGUUUAUCAGAAAUGGGGUUUAUGUGAGAAAAGGAAUGGUUGAGGAUGCUUUGAAGGCAUUCUACUGGAUUGGGUCUUGCGGAAUUACUCCCUCGGUCCACACUUCUAACAUGAUUCUUGCUGCAAUUGCCAACUUCCGUGACACAACGGAGUCUGUUUGGCCAUUUUUCAAGGAGAUGCUGGCAAAAUGUAUAUGCCCUAAUCUGCAUACUUUUAACAUACUAUUACAUGUCCUAUGUAUGUCGGGAAAGCUUGAGAGAGCGAAUCACCUGAUGAAAAGAAUGGAGGAGAGCGGGUACAUUCCGGAUGUGGUGACUUACAAUACGUUGUUAAAUUGGUAUUGCAAGAAGGGACGAUACAAGUCAGCUUCUGAGCUGAUUGAUCGCAUGGCUUGUAAAGGUCUCAAGGCCGAUGUUUGUACAUAUAACAUGUUUAUAGAUGAUUUGUGUAAGAACGAUAGGAGUGCGAAAGGGUAUUUGGUUUUGAAAAAGAUGAGGAAGAGAUUGAUAGUUCCAAAUGAAAUCACGUAUAACACUCUAAUAAAUGGAUUCAUGAAAGAGGGUAAGGUGGGAGCUGCGAUGAAGGUUUUUAACGAGAUGGUGGGUUUUAAUCUCUCGCCAAAUUGCCUCACUUUUAAUGCUUUGAUCGAUGGGCAUUGUCGUGCAGGCAUGUUUGAAGAAGCUUUUGAACUUUUGAAGGAAAUGGAAGGAAGAGGAUUACAUCCCAACGAAGUUAGCUUUGGAUCUGUCUUGAAUGGGUUCUGCAGAUAUGGGAAGAUAGGUUCUGCAAGAUACAUAUUUGAGAUGAUGAGGAAGAAUGGCAUAGCUCUCAAUAAUGUAUCCUACACAAUGCUAAUGAAAGGGUUAUGCAAAAAGGGUAAGCUUAAAGAAAGCCUUCAGCUUUUCAAUGAGAUGAUUCGCAGCAAUAUAUGCCCUGAUGGUGUCACAUACUUGGUUCUUGUAAAUGGGCUUUUCAGAGCUAGAAGGAUCAAGAAUGCAAAAGAGGUAAUUUGCAGAAUGUACAAAAGUGGAGCUUUACCAAAUGAAAACAUGAAUCAUACCUUAGUGUACAACUUCUGCAAGCAGAAGGAUAUCAUCCAAGCUAUGAAACUCUACCAAGUGAUGCAGGAAAAUGGCCAUGGUGCUGACCUGUCUCUAUGCAAUUCACUUAUUUCAUGCCUUUGCAGAUGUGGAAAGGUAAGGGAAGCUGAAGAUUUCUUGAGUCACAUGCUAAGGAUCAAUCUAGUUCCCGAUUCUGCUUGCUUUGAUUCUGUUAUUUCUGGGUAUGUAAGUAUAGGUGAUGGCUCCAAAGUGUUAUCUUUGUUUGAUGAAAUGAACAAAUUGGGAAACCCCCCUACCCAUAACACAUAUGGAAGUACAUUGAAAGGGCUGUGCAAAGGAGGAAACUUUACAGAGGCAAUCAAGUUAUUUGAUGGACUUCGUCAUUCUCCUCAUUUUGUUCUUGAUGUUAGCAUCUACAAUACAUUGUUAGGUGAGCUUUGUAACUUGGGACAUUUCAACAUGGCUUUGACACUCUUUGACGAUAUGGUGCAGAAUCAUGUGAUCCCUGAUGGCUAUACAUACGCCACUCUCAUCGCCGGGCUGUGCAGAAAUGGUAAAAUAACUUGCGCAAUUCUUCUAAUGGCAAGAGCAUUAGAAAGAGGAACUUCAUUUUCUAACAGGUUGAUGUAUACAAGUAUAAUAGAUGGGCUUUUCAAGAACGGUUUGCCAGAAGUUGCACUGUGCUUCUACAAAGACAUGAUAAUGCAAGGGUUGAGACCAGAUACUGUGGCAUUAAACACAAUGAUACACGGUUACUCCAUGAUUGGGGAAAUGGCUCAAGCAAAUAGAUUUUUCUCAAUCAUGAAGGCCAAAUCACUGACUCCUAAUCUUGAUACAUAUAACAGCUUAUUACACGGCCACGCAACGCUGCGAAAUAUGUCAGAGUGCUUUGGAUUAUACCGUUCAAUUUCAAGAAAUGGUCUAAAUCCAGACAUGUCAACAAUUAAAGCUUUGAUCUUUGCCCUUUGUGAGUCGGGUUUGUUGGAUAUCGGGGUCAAAUUUGCAAAAAAGAUGAUAAUGGAAGGAGUUGAGAUAGAUAAAGUCUCAUUCAACAUGCUAAUUGCCAAAUAUAGUGACAAAGGGGAGAUGCAGAAGGCUUUUGGGGUGGUGAAUAUCAUGAGCUCAAUCGGCGGUUUUCCUCUGGAUGGAGAUACUUAUGAAUCCAUGCUCAAGGGACUAAAGAGGAAAUCUGAUUUCCAAACUUAUCGUAUCGUCAUGCACGAAAUGAUAAGGAGUGGUACAAUGCCCACAUAUAGACAGUACAGUGGUUUGCUCAGUGGCAUGUGCAGAGCAGGAGAUGUGAAAGGAGCAUUCAAGUUUAAGGAUGACAUGGAAUCUCUCGGAGUUGGGUCCCGCGAUAUUGCUGACAGCGCCAUUGUCAGAGGCCUCGCGCGCCGUGGGAAGCUGGAGGAAGCGACAUUCGUGCUUGAAUGUAUGCUGAGAGUCCAACUCCUCCCAAACAUUUCAACUUUCACGACACUAAUCCAUGGGUUUUGCAAAGAAUCUAAACUUUCUGAGGCCUUGGAUCUGAAAAACACAAUGGAAUUUCAUGGGAUCAUGUCCGAUGUUGUCCUUUACAAUGUACUAAUCUCAACCCUCUGUGCCAACAGGGGUUUAGAUCGCGCGUUCGAUCUGUACGAGGAGAUGAAACAGAGAGAUGUGUGGGCUAAUGUCACCACAUAUGCUGCUCUUGUUGAUGCGGUCCGUUCUGAGAAUGAUCCGUCCAAGGGUGAAAAACUUUUGAUUGAUCUUCUGGAGAGAGGGCUGAUAGAGCAAGAAGAGAUAAGUUCAGAAGUUCUUAUGCAUGAAAGAUUAACACUUGUGAUGCAGAGGCUUGAUUUCUUGAGGAAGAAAAGGACACAUAGGAUUGCAAAUAGGUGAUGGGUUUUGAUAUUGAAUGUAAAAAAGAGAUAUCUUUAAUAGAUAUGCUGUUGUGCAGUUGUGAAUUAAAACAAAAUCUCACUCCUUAUUUGUCACAUUAUUGCCUAAUUUACCUUCUCUCAGGUAACUUCUAUACAGUUCAUCUUUAUUUUUUUUGUAAGAAAAAGUGUUAAAACAGUUCACACUUUUUCAUGUGAGUUUUAGUAAAAGAAAGGUUUCAGAUUCAU